AUGUUGUUGCGACGGAGACUUUUACAGAAAUCAUUAGUGAUUUCUUGUCUAUUUUCAAUUAUUGUUCUUGAUAUGCUUGUGAAUGCAGAAUCUGACAAAAGUCCAGGAUCAAUCCCUGAAAUAGAUUUAAACGACGCAACUAGAAAGUCAAAAUUCCCUCUUACUGAGGCUGAAGGCUCAAAACCUUUCCUUUUUAGCACUCUUAUGAUUAUAGUAUCAGAAAUAGGCGACAAGACAUUCUUUAUUGCUGCUAUAAUGGCAAUGAAAAAUGCCAGGCUUUUAGUUUUUUCGGCAGCUUUUAGUGCUUUAGCACUCAUGUCAAUCCUUUCUGCAGCUUUAGGUCAUGCAGUUCCAAACUUGAUUCCACGUACAUAUACCAAUUAUUUAGCUUCAUUUUUAUUUUUAUUUUUUGGAAUAAAAAUGGCAUUUGAGAGUGUACAAAUGUCGGAUGAGGAGGCUAAGAAUGAAUUGGAGGAAGUUUCAGCAGAAUUGAAAGAAAAAGAAGAAAUUGAACUUAUAGAAGCUACAGAGGCUGGUGGUAUACAGGACGAAACUGCUCCAGUAACAUUUGUAGAAGGAUUAAUUAAUUUAUGUCAAUUUUUAUUUUCACCCAUUUUCGUCCAAACAUUUGUACUCACGUUCCUGGCAGAGUGGGGCGAUAGAUCACAAAUUGCAACAAUUGCUUUGGCUGCUGCACAGGAUAUGUAUUGGGUAACUUUGGGUACGAUAACUGGUCAUUGUUUAUGUACUGGUCUCGCUGUUAUUGGAGGUAGGUUCAUGGCUGCAAAGAUCUCCAUAAAAAAAGUUACUAUGCUAGGAGCUAUUCUUUUUAUCUCAUUUUCAUUAGUGUAUUUAUAUGAAAGUAUAUAUGAUGAUUCAUAG